GAUACAGCAACUUUUCAGACAACCACAUUCAAGAUGCAUAUUCUCGUAGUAAAUGAUGAUGGACCUCCCUCCAACAAAUCCUCUCCCUACGUCCACUCGCUCGUCCAGACUCUGCAAGCUGCCGGUCACAUAGUCUCAGUCGUCCUUCCCCAUACCCAACGCUCAUGGAUAGGCAAAGCGCACAUGGUCGGUCAAACCGUCAAACCCACGUAUUUCAGACCCGGCACCCUUCACGAAGAUGACGGUACAACACAUGCUCGUCCCUCCAGCGAUAAUAUAGAGGAAUGGGUAUUAGUAGAUGGCACACCUGCAUCAUGCGUACAAAUUGGUCUUUAUCAUUAUUUUAAAGAUAGAGGACCAGUGGAUCUGGUUGUUAGUGGACCAAACUAUGGAAGGAAUAGUACGGCGGUUUUCAGUUUGAGCAGUGGGACUAUUGGAGGGGCGAUGGAGGCGGCAGUUUGCAAGAGAAAGGCCAUUGCAUUGAGUUUUGCAUUUUUCACGAGAAACCAUGAUCCAGAAAUUAUUGGAGGCGCGAGUAGAAUUGGAGUGAAGAUUAUCGAGUAUUUGUACAACAAUUGGGGUGAGGGUGUGGAUUUGUAUACAGUUAAUGUUCCGUUGGUAGAGGGAGUGGAGAAGAACAAGAUUUUGUGGACGAAUAUGCUGCAGAACUACUGGGGAGAAGGAAGCUGUUUUGAGGAAGUAGAAGGAAAAGACGAUGAUGCCGAUGAGGAAGAAGAGAAGAUUAGAGAAAAGGAAGGGCAGCAAGGGGAGGGAGAUGGAGAGGGCAAGAAGGCUGUCGGACACACACAUAAACAUUUCAAAUGGGCACCAAGGUUCACAGAUGUCUAUAAGAGUGUAGAGGAAGCUGAACCUGGUAAUGAUGGCUGGGCUGUUAAGGAAGGUUACACAAGUGUCACUCCAUUAAAGGCAAAUUUCAUGCAUGCUACUGCAGCGACACAAGGAGAGUUGAAGUUGUGAGUUAUUAAUGGUAUAUCAAUAGAGCAGUAGAUAUUGUUAGACCAAUACAAGUUCCUUCCCACCCAUUUUAAACACACCAACCUAAUCGAGCACCUCUGACCAAUCCUUUCGCCAGACCAUCUUCGGAUCCAAUGCCAUCAAUAUCAGAUCUCUCCCUUCAAGAGCCCAAGUCAAAGAGUCCUCAUUUCUACGCCUAUAUCGACUACGAAGAUUCCUAUGUCCAACCACUAAUUCUUUCGGCUCUAAAACAGCUUCCUCAAGCUUCGUAUACACUUCUCUCUUCUCCAUCCGACCUUCCAACUCCAGAAUCACCAUACCUUCACAUCUCAUCAUAUGAAACAAUCCCUUUUGAUGAAAUAACAUCAAAACCUACAACCUCCCUCACGAAUGCCUACGUUAUCCGCAAAGCCCUCAUUCGUAAACACUAUUUGAGUGAAACAUCCCAUAUAUGGUGUGUUAAGAACCCUGAAUCUAUUCUCAAAACAAACAUCAAGCGCGCAGAGCAUUUUGAGGUCGAUUACGCCGAGUUCUUAGAUGAUGCUGUGGUAGAAUGCUGGGACUUGAAAGAAAGUUUUGCACGAAACGAAAAAGUUGACGAAGAAGGAGGUAACGCCUCAGAUAGAGAAUGGUGGAUAUUGAAACCGGGAAUGAGUGAUAGAGGACAGGGUAUUAGGUUAUUUUCCUCUUACGAAGAACUCCUUGCCAUCUUCGAAGGGUGGGAAGAGGAUGCACCUGAUUCCGACGAAGAAGACGAAGAAGACGAAGAAGACGAAGAAGUUGAAAGUCAUGACAAUGAAGAGAAAGAUUAUAUCCAAACAUCCCAUCUUCGUCAUUUCCUCGCACAGCCAUACAUCCAUCCACCACUUCUCCUCGCCCCAGAUGCUGAUACAACAGCGCCUAAAAACACUAAGUUCCAUAUCAGAACAUAUGUUCUCGCUUCUGGAGCCCUGGAUAUUUACGUUUAUAAAUCCAUGUUAGCCCUCUUCGCUAGCUCAGCAUAUAUUCCUCCUUGGUCUUCAUCCUCUUCCUCCUCGGGCGAAAUAGAUCUCAAUCCGCAUCUCACAAAUACAUGUAUACAAACCUCGGACUCGAAGAAAAAUGCAGUGCAUCUCCUUUCUUCUCUCCCCUUCCCCGCCGCUCUACAUGAGAAAAUUCAAACCCAAAUCUCUAAAUUGACAGCAGAGAUCUUUGUGGCCGCCGCUAAGGAAAUGAGUAUUCAUUUCCAACCAUUGCCAAAUGCGUUUGAAGCGUUUGGACUUGAUUUUUUGGUGGACGCGGAUGGAGAGGUCUGGUUAUUGGAGGUUAAUGCGUUUCCAGAUUUUGGACAGAGUGGGGAGGAGUGUAAGGCGGUUGUGGAGGGAUUUUGGAAGGAGGUUGUCGGGAAGAGUGUUGGUGGGUUUUUUGGAGUAAACUCAGAGGGUGAUGAGAAGGAGGGAGAAGGACAGUUGGUGAGAGUUGGAGGUGUGGAUUUGGGAAGGAGGUAGGUUAAUGGAUGAGAUGAAGUGGGCACGGAAAAGUAUUUUGAAGAUUAUCUACUGUAUUACAUAUUGGCUAGCUAGUGGUAUGAUGAUGUAAAUCUGUUUAUGCUAAGCUACAUUAUCCUACUUUGAAAUACA